UAGGGCUGACAUAUUCCCAUCAUGCUUUGCGCGCGAGAUUAUAAGACGAAAACACUGUUCGGUUCAUUGCUAUCGAAGGUAUGAAUAUGGUGAAACCCGAGGAACAACAUUUAUCAUCCGAAGGAGGGGACAACAAGUCCAGGGGAUGCUGUGAUUAUAUUAUCACUGGUUUGUCCAUUCUCCUCUUUGUCUUGACUUUCCCUAUUGCUGUAUUCUUCUGUAUAAAGAUUGUACAGGAGUAUGAGAGAGCUGUCAUCUUCAGACUUGGGCGAUUAUUGGAAGGAGGUGCAAAGGGGCCAGGCAUGUUUUUUAUUCUGCCGUGCAUUGACUCAUACCAGAAAGUGGACCUCAGGACGGUGUCUUUUGAUGUUCCGCCUCAGGAGAUCUUGACGAAAGACAGUGUGACGGUCGCUGUGGAUGCUGUGGUGUAUUUCAGGAUCGCAAACGCAACCAUGUCCAUCACGAACGUUGAGAAUGCGAACCGCUCCACUCGACUGCUCGCCCAGACCACCCUGAGAAACAUCCUGGGUACAAAAAGCCUGAGCGAGAUUCUUUCAGAGCGGGACAAUAUUAGCCAUACCAUGGAGGUUGCCCUGGACGAGGCCACAGACCCAUGGGGUGUCAAGGUGGAGCGGAUCGAAGUUAAGGACGUUCGGUUGCCACAGCAACUGCAAAGAGCCAUGGCAGCAGAGGCUGAGGCUUCACGCGAGGCCAGGGCCAAGGUCAUUGCCGCUGAGGGUGAGAUGAACGCCUCCCGUGCUUUAAAGGAAGCUUCCGACAUCAUCUCUGAGUCACCCCAGGCCUUACAGCUCCGCUACCUUCAGACCCUGACUACCAUCUCAGCUGAGAAGAACUCUACCAUCAUCUUCCCUCUCCCCAUCGACUUUAUCGCUAAGUUCAUUCCCGAUCACAAGAAAGAUCAGACGUACCUCUAAACCUGCUUGGGCCAACGAUUGCACGACGAUUGUUUUAAGUUCCCACAAUUUGGUGAUUCUUCUUACUCUCCUAAAGUUCACAUAACUGAAACAUGUAUAGGAUUUAAUGAUAUAUAAGUUAUAGCGACUAUAUUGUUAAGUUCUUAUCACCCGUUCACUUUGUCUAUCAUUGAUUAACUAAGUUUAUCAUAUUGGAAUAUUGGAAGCAUAUUGGAAGUAAAAGUUCGGCCAUGCACCAUAGUCUCUACGAGAAGCUUUGAACCAUUUAGGAUUUAGUCCUUGCUGUGUAAUGAUUUCAGUUUUGGAAUCUUGUGAGUAGUUAUACUAAAGCUUAAUACUGUACUUAUAGCAGCUCCACGUAAGAGAAAACAGAGAACCGAGAUAGAUGUAUUAUAGAUUCAGCUUAUAGUCUAACUGGACCGAACAGUUUCUUAAUGGAACAUAUAUACGUUUUUUUUCACCAUAAGCAUUGUUGUAAGCCUGUGAGUGCGUCCUUAGCUAAGCCUCUGAGUAAUAUAGUGAGGAGAGUUCAUAGCUGAUUGUGUAUAAGCAUGAAAAUAAAGCACAGCUGGAUACAAAAAUUUGACAUUUCUGCCAAGAAAUUUACUGUGUCAUCUGGAAUUAUUAAAAACGCUUAUCACAUCGAGUAAUAACAACAGAGAAUUGCUGAGUUGCUGAGUUUGUUAUUAGCUUUUAGGAAUCUUUUGCCCUUUACUUGAAUUUAGUUGUGAAAGGCCUCUGGUCUAUUUUAGUAUUUUAUGAUAUUCGUAGUUAUUUGUAUUCAGCGCCAUGUAUCGUGGGUCUACCACCAGCCAGUUUGAUUGCAAGGAAACGAUAUAAUGUAAUAUUGCAUUCACAUUUGGAUGUUUUAAUCAAAGGAAAUAAAUAUUCAAAAACUCAA